AUGUGGGAUGAGCUCAAGGCAAGCUAUUCCCAAAGAAAUGGUCCUCGGAUUUUCCAACUACAGAAGGCCAUUGCAGCCAUUACCCAAGACAAUUCCUCUGUAAGUCAUUACUAUACUCGGCUUAAAAUUCUAUGGGAGGAACUUAAUAACUAUAGACCCAUGUCUGCAUGCAACUGCUGCAAUUGUUGUAGAGUUCAAUCAAUUCUUGAAAUUCAUAGUCAAGAAAAAGUUUAUCAGUUUUUAAUGGGGCUGAAUGACUCCUUUGCUGCUGUUAGAGCUCAAAUCCUUUUAACUGACCCUUUGCCUUCUUUACAUAAAGUUUUUUCUCUUAUAAUUCAAGAGGAAAAACAAAGAGAAAUCACAAUCACUUCUCUAAGCCAUGAAUCCUCUGCCCUAAUGACCAAUUCCAACCCUACUCCUAUUUCUUCUCCUACUGUCAAUCAUGAGCCUAUUGCUUUUAUGACCAAAUCUACCUCAGGGAAUAGGUUUGUCAAACAAAACACUUAUAGGAAAGAUAAACCUAUUUGCUCUCAUUGUGGAUUUGUUGGCCAUACUGUGGAGAAAUGCUAUAAAUUGCAUGGUUAUCCUCCUGGUUUCAAAUCUACCCGAGGCAAACCAAUUCAGCAUUCAGCAAACCAGGUGCAGGAUUCUGGUUUACAUGCUCAACAAAUGUUUUCUCCUCAUCUGUCUAUGAUCUCUGAGCAAUACAAGAACAUCAUGGAUAUGAUGAAACAGUAUUCAUUGUCAUCACCACAGUCCCUUGCACAGCCCCCUGCACACUUUGCUCAUUCUGCUGUCGGUGCAUCAGGUUAUCACUCAUCUCUUAAUCCAAGAUAUUCUGUGUUUUCUGCAACUUUUGUUAAUAUGGUUCCAUCUUCAAAACAACAUAAACACUCUUGGAUAAUAGAUACUGGUGCAACCGACCAUAUGGUUAGUUCUCCAUCCUUUUUCACUUCCAUUACUGCUGUAGUUUCAACUUGUGUAAAUUUACCUAAUGGUUCCAUAGCAGCUGUCACACACAUUGGUACUGUUAAACUCUCAGAAAAUCUUACAUUGACUGAAGUUUUGUGUGUUCCCUCUUUUGCCUUCAAUCUCAUUUCAGCUAGCAAACUUAUUAAACAUCUAAGAUGUUGUCUCAUCUUCUUUGCUGGAUAUUGUUUUAUACAGAGUUUGCACCAUUGGAGAGUGAUUGGGGUGGGUAAGGAAGAAGCUGGAUUGUUCUACUUGCUGCAAGACAACAAGGUUCCAGCAUCGGUUUCUCUUCCUCCUUUUGAGCAGCAUGUUUCUUUCACUUCCAUCAAAAAGCCAUCACUUGAUGUUUGGCAUUAUAGAUUAGGUCAUCCUUCUCUUGCUAGAAUAAAGCUUUUAGAUAAGCAUGUUUCUGAAAUAUCUUGUAAUUCAGAGAGUGUUUGCCCAAUCUGUCCAAUGGCAAAACAACACAAACUCUCUUUUCCUGUUGCAUAUGUGUCAACUUUGUCUAGGAAUAGAACAAAGUUUGAUCCUAGGGCUAUUCCUUCCAUAUUCAUCGGAUAUCCAUAUGGCAUGAAAGCAUACAAGUUCUAUAACCUUCUCCUCAUUUGA